AUGGAUCGUCUGCAGCGUCUCCUCACGCAGAACCCAAAUGCCAUCUCGGCUGACGUCCCGAUUAUGGACACGGCCGAGACCGUCCAUAUCUCCUCGCUCGCCCUUCUCAAAAUGCUCAAACACGGCCGCGCUGGCGUCCCCAUGGAAGUCAUGGGGCUCAUGCUAGGCUCGUUUGUCGACGAGUAUACCGUCAAAGUCGUGGACGUCUUCGCCAUGCCGCAGAGUGGUACGGGAGUCUCAGUCGAGGCCGUCGACCCGGUUUUCCAAACAAAGAUGCUGGAUAUGCUCAAGCAGACGGGCAGGCCGGAAAUGGUUGUCGGCUGGUACCAUUCACAUCCCUCAUUUGGUUGCUGGCUGUCGGGCGUUGAUAUCAAUACCCAGCAGAGCUUUGAACAGCUCAACCAGCGUGCCGUCGCCGUCGUCAUCGACCCGAUUCAGAGCGUUAAGGGCAAGGUUGUCAUCGAUGCCUUCAGAUUGAUCAUGCCUCAGAUACACAUGUUGGGACAAGAACCUCGUCAGACAACCUCGAACGUCGGUUAUUUGCACAAGCCCUCUAUCCAGGCCCUCAUUCAUGGCCUCAACCGUCAAUAUUAUUCCAUCGCCAUCGCGUACAAGAAGAACGCCCUGGAGGAAGAAAUGCUUCUCAAUUUGCACAAGAAGAAGUGGAUGGAUAGUUUAUCCGUCCGCGACUUCGAGCACCAUUCGAAAAACAACGAGGACACAAUCGCCGCCAUGCUCGAACUCGCAAAGGCUUAUGACAAGGCCGUCCAGGAAGAACAGAAGCUGACUCCGGAAGAACUUGUCAUAGCUCGAGUAGGAAAACGCGACGCGAAGAAGCAUCUAGAGGCGGAUGUCGCCAAGCUCAUGGGCGAGAACAUCAACCAGUGUCUCGGUACCAUGCUGGAUACAGUCGUUUUCCGACAAGAUGUCGCUAUUAUUGAAUCAUAGCCCCGGCCUUUCUAUUAAAGUUCAACUGUCCGCCCUCGUCUUGACUUUAUGACAUGUUGGUAACCGUCACCAUCGUCGAGACAGGGUAAUGUACAAACUACUUUACAA